AUGGCUCCACGGAUCAGCCCCCUUAAGGAUGCCACUUACUAUGUUCUUUCGAAGUCUGACAAGACAUCCAAAUUAGAAGUGAAGUACAUCAAUGCAGUUAAAGGACGUGGUAUAUUUGCAAAAUCCUCUAUUUGCAAAGGAGAUUUUGUUGUAGAAUACAGGGGAGAUAUUAUAAAUGACGCAGAAUCCCGGGGAAGACGAAGACUUUACCACCCGUCAUGUGCUGCUUUUAUGUUUGUCUUUAAGUGGAAUGGGAAAACAUGGUGUGUUGAUGCUUCGAGAGAAGACGGGUCAUUUGGACGACUUGUCAACGAUGAGCAUAGACAUCCAAACUGUAGGAUGAAGAAAAUUGAAGUGAACGGAAACCCCCACCUUUGUUUAUUUGCACUCAACAACAUUAAAGAAGGAGAGGAAAUUACAUAUGACUAUGGGGGUGAAGACUGCCCAUGGAGAACACAGAUGAGAGACACAGUUCUGGAAGAUUUGGGGACUGAUGAAUCCAUAUCAGAGAGUGCAGAUCAGAACGUAAAGUUCAAGUCCAAUCCUUUACAGUCAGACAACAAGAUUGAGGACAACACUCAUGAACAGAUGAGAGACACAGUUCUGGAAGAUUUGGGGACUGAUGAAUCCAUAUCAGAGAGUGCAGAUCAGAACGUAAAGUUCAAGUCCAAUCCUUUACAGUCAGACAACAAGAUUGAGGACAACACUCAUGAACAGGUACAUUCAUCACUUCAGAUGUCUGAAUUGAAAAAUGACCAUCAUUUAAUUCUUACAAUGAGAGACACAGUUCUGGAAGAUUUGGGGACUGAUGAAUCCAUAUCAGAGAGUGCAGAUCAGAACGUAAAGUUCAAGUCCAAUCCUUUACAGUCAGACAACAAGAUUGAGGACAACACUCAUGAACAGAUGAGAGACACAGUUCUGGAAGAUUUGGGGACUGAUGAAUCCAUAUCAGAGAGUGCAGAUCAGAACAUGAGAGACACAGUUCUGGAAGAUUUGGGGACUGAUGAAUCCAUAUCAGAGAGUGCAGAUCAGAACGUAAAGUUCAAGUCCAAUCCUUUACAGUCAGACAACAAUUGA